GAGAAGAGGAGAGAGAUGGGAAAACGGAUUUGUAUAGUGGCAAGAACUGGGACCCACGAGAAUCAGCCAAUGCUCAAAUGCUAUCUUAUCCUGGAUUUUCUCCCGAUCCACAAGUUUACACGUAUUCCUACUCCCACUACUCUCACCGGCCGGUGAGAGGAAGAAAAACUUCCACCAAAAGAUGGCGUUCUCAUCGACCUUGUCGUCUCCACUAAAUCUUCCCAAAACAAUCAAUCGCUUCCCCAGUUUCUCACGCACCAAUCAAAAACCUCUAAAAUUAGCAACAGCAUUCGCCAUUCCGCCUCUCUCAACCGCCGCCGCCACCGAUAUCUCCGGAGCAAUCGACGGAACCACCAUUGCAAUGAUUAGCGGCGGCUCCGUCGCGGCACUUGCUGCGGUACUUUCGUUUACUGACCCCGAGAGGCGUCGACGGCUUCAGGCGGAGGAGGUUGGCGGUGAUGACAAAGAAGUUGUGAAGGAUUACUUCAAUAACUCCGGCUUCCAGAGGUGGAAGAAAAUUUAUGGAGAUACCGAUGAUGUUAACAGGGUUCAGCGAGAUAUUAGGCUUGGCCACGCUAAGACUGUUGAGAACACCUUGCUGAUGUUGAAAGACCAAGGUCCGCUUCAAGGGGUUACAAUUUGCGACGCUGGCUGUGGUACUGGCUCUCUCACUAUUCCUCUCGCAAAAGAGGGCGCCAUUGUAUCCGCGGCUGAUAUCUCCGCUGCUAUGGUUGCUGAAGCCGAGAAACAGGCAAAAGAACAACUUCUAGACAGUGAAGAUGGUUCAGCGCCAGUGAUGCCGAAAUUUGAAGUUAAGGAUCUGGAGAGCUUAGAUGGCAAGUAUGAUACGGUGAUCUGCCUAGAUGUUUUGAUUCAUUAUCCCCAAAGCAAGGCUGAUGGGAUGAUUUCACACCUUGCAUCAUUGGCCAAGAGCAGAUUGAUUCUGAGUUUUGCACCAAAGACAUUUUAUUAUGAUUUAUUGAAGAGGGUUGGAGAGUUGUUCCCAGGGCCUUCAAAGGCAACAAGGGCCUAUCUCCACUCAGAGGCUGAUGUAGAGAAGGCGUUGCGGAAGGUUGGCUGGAAAAUACGGAAGAGAGGUUUAAUCACAACGCAAUUUUACUUUGCCAGGCUUGUUGAGGCUGUUCCUGUGUAGUGAUGAUGAAAGUAUGUUUCCAUUCCUUCUCAGUAUUUUCAUCAACGGAUUCCUGCAAGCUGUGGUGUCCUCAUGACUGUCUGGUGACACUCGCCUUCUCUUGGACUCCUCUUGGGGCAUAGUCUCUAUUCUUUCGCCGGGGCCUGUGUAAUUCGCUUCAGAUUUCCAUAGAAGUGGAUGCUUGGGUUCUCUAUGUACUGUUGAAUCAUUUAUCAAACAACAAAGAUGUGCAUAGACGUGGGAGUUACUACAGUCAUGAAACUAAUUAUGGUGGAUAAUCAAAAGUAGGAUCAGGAAAGCUUCUUCAUUGUUAAUACUUAUGAUUCGUAAGCGUUGAGUCAAAAAAAUGUAUAAAAAAUGCCAUGAAUGCCUUUUUGGUAAUAAAAUAUCAUGUUUUAGAUUA